GUCAUUUGAUGAGGAGACUUAAUUAGUGCACCAGUAAAAGCGCCAUUGGAGGUCAAUAUACAAUAAUUGAAUCACAAGAGUCUCAAAAUAAAUACUUCCAUGGCACCCCAUUCUGCCUUGUAAUAGCCAACUUCAUACUGAAUACACAGCCUUUGCAAAAUGAUCACCGGAAAGAAAGCUGCAAAUGCUAUGGGAGGCAAGACGGUCAGAGCCUGCGAUGGCUGUUUACGCAGGCGGGCACGGUGGUAUUGUGCAGCGGAUGAUGCGUUUCUUUGCCAAGCUUGUGAUGCAUCUGUCCACUCGGCCAACCAGCUUGCAAGUAGACAUGAAAGGGUUCGCCUUGAAGUUGCAUCAGCGAAGCUGAAUGGGACAUCAAACGAUAAAGAAGUCGCUCCGAUAUGGCACCAGGGGAUAACCAGAAAGGCCAGGACCCCUAGACCUAAUAAGAAUUUGCUGGUGCAACAAGGGAAGGAGAAGGAGAAAGAGAAAGUUUCAAAUUUUAAUAAUGAUCCGCUUGUUCCUGAGAUUGGUAGUGAAGAAGGGCCACUAGAGGAGAACUCAUCAGAAGAACAGCUGCUUUAUCAGGUGCCGGUAUUCGAUCCGAUUGCUUCGGAUUUAUGCUGUGAUCUGGUUAAAGGUGAAGGAACCGAAACCACCAUGGUAAAGGAAGGAGAUCAAAACAUAUUUGUUGAUGGGUAUGAACAAGAAGGAGGCUGUGAUUUGGAUGAUUUACAAGGGUUUUUUCCAUCAGAUAUGGACAUCGCUGAGUUUGCCGCUGAUGUUAAGAGCUUGCUGGCGAGUGGGCUUGAUGAAGAUCGUAAAGAGGAAACUGAAGUGAAGGUUAAAGAUGAAGAAGAAGAAGUGGAACUAGGUUUUACAGCUUGCCAUUUUGAUCCUGCUUUUAACAUAACAAGACAUGGAACAGAUUGGAACUUCGACCAUGAAUCACCACUGGCAGCUGAAGAAGAAGAAGAGGAGAAAGUGAUGCCUUUAGCCGAUUCAGCAAUGAUGAACAUCGAAAGCAAAGCUAAGAUAAAGGGAAACGUAUCACUGAGGCUAAAUUAUGAAGCUGUCAUCACUGCUUGGGCAAGCCAAGGAUGUCCAUGGACAACAGGAACCCCACCUCAACUUAAUCCCGAAGACUAUUGGCCAGAUUGCACGGCCGGCGCAUGUUCUAAAGACCUUGUUCAUCACAUCUAUGGAGGAGUUGCGUGUCACAGUGGCGGCAAUGGAGGAAGAGAAGCAAGAGUAUCAAGGUAUAGAGAGAAGCGCAGGACGAGAUUGUUUUCAAAGAAGAUAAGGUACGAAGUGAGGAAGCUGAACGCGGAGAAGAGGCCUAGAAUGAAAGGGAGGUUCGUUAAAAGGACUAACAGUACUUCAUUUAUGGGGACUGCCGCUGCUGCAGCUAUUUUUCCUUACCUCAAGAAAUAAAUGGUAAUGGCCAAACUGAGAGAUUGCUCGUCUCCAGUACUAAAUAUGCAGUUGGCGUUGAUUGCUAAUAAAUAUUAAUGGCUGACUUUACUAGCUUGAAUUAGAAUUAUAAAUAAAUAACUGUUAGAAUACAUGCAUGUGUAUAUAAAUCUAGAUCUCUAACAGGAAGAAGAAGAAGAAGAAGAAUUCCUUGUAAAAAGCUGCAGCACUGAAGGUUGGUGCUUCGCAUAAUUAACAAGAUGUAUGAAGAAGAAGUUAAUUUAUUGUUAACAAAGAUCUAGCUAAUUUUCAUUAAUUAGCUUUAAUCUUAAAUCUUCUGGCAUGAAUAUAUAUUAAAACUUUGGGCAUUAA